UUUCAAUAUUACCAAUGCAUCAUUUAAUAUAAACAAAAAAAACUAAAAACAUAAAAAAAAUACCCGCCCGGUCGGGCGGGUCAAGAUCUAGUAAGCUUUAAUACAUCAUAUACUCUCACUCUUCCAACUACAUCAUAAAUCCUCACUCUUCUAAGAAAUCUCUUUAGAUUUUUUUAUAUAGAGUCUCAAGAGUAUAAUGUGGAUGUUAAGUUCGUAGAUUAUGUUUUGGGUGAUGCAAAACAGUCUCACAUGGUUUUAUCAUGAGAUUCAAAACUCGUACAGACACCGUCUCACCUACGAGAUUCAAAAUUCGUACAGAAACCAUCUCACAUUUUUUUGUUAUUAAUCGGUGUUAAUUGAAUGAAUCCAGACACUUCAACUGGGCCCGUCCCUGCGCCGGUUUUGAUCUUUGGGGGUUUUGUUACCAUUUCAAGUGGGUCUAUCCCUGCGCCUUCUCUGAUCUCUGGGGUUUUGUUACGGUCCGUUUUUAACGGAUCUUCAGUAUAAUAUAAUUAUUUCUGAGAAAAUAAAACCCUAAGAUACUUUUGGCCAGACCACAAAACUAACUUGCAUACUGCUUGAACCACGUUUUUCUCUCCUUCUAGGUCCACUUUGUUCACUACCAGAAGAGUCUUGGAUGAAACUGGCAACGAGGAAGUGGUGGUGAGUUGCACUAAGUCAGAGGUCACAGACUAAACAGUCAACAGCUGUAGAACCUCCAAAGGGCCAAGCUUGGGCGAAGACGGAUCAAACAAAAGGAGGACUGAAGGGGAGAUCUCUGAAGGGAGAUAAGCCAUCAGAAGAACAAAGGAAUUGAGAGAAGUAGAAAACCAAAGGGAGUAGGAGAAUUCUCGAUGACCGGAGUAUUAUGCAUAAUGCAUAAAGGUAAAGCAUUUGCUCAAUGCAUACGUACGGCGAUUUCUUCUGAUGAUUAAUUCAAAAAUAAUAAGGUAAAAAUAAUGCAAAUGAAUAUUUAAACUAAAUUCAGCUUAUCUUUGGCUAAAAAGUUAGUAGUUUUUUAUAUUUUUAAAAAGGUUUUGCCAAAUGAAAAUGGAGUAAAUAAGAAAGUUCUCCAGUUGCCCCGUGUAGUCAUCUCUCUAGACUCGUGCUUCCGAAAACGAAAGUUGAACACUUUUUGUUUUGAUUUCAGCAGUGAUUGCGACAGCAAAACACCCUGAUUGCUUUAAAUGGGACGUCGUGUCUUGAGAACUAAGCAAAGACCCACCUUUCUCUCUCUUUCUUAUAUAAGCGAGCUCUGUUUUUACCUGAAAUGGUUUUGGAGGCAAAAGCAUGUCGUCCUAUUACAUCCAAUCUCAGAUCUCUAAUAUUGUUGUGUGAUACUGAAGGAUUUCCAACUUGGUGAAACAGUAAGAAGCUUGCCUCAGUGUCGUCACAUGUUUCAUUUACCUUGCAUAGGCAAUUGGCUCAUCAGACAUGGUUCUUGUCCAGUGUGCAGACGUGACCUUUAAUUAUCUCUUCAUUACCCUCCCCCUCUCUCGCAAUGCAGUUAAACCAAACAGUUCAGAUACGGCUACACAGCUUCUUGUCCUCAUCUCAGUUUCGAUGUAAAUUACAGUUCUUUUUUUUUUUACUUUUUGCAAUUACCAUUUACACCCCUCAGAGUUUACUAAUUUUAAAGCAGGAUGUUACUGGAUGUAUCUUCUUAUACUAUGUACUAGGAAGUAGUUGAAAAUAUUACUCAACUUCUGAAUUAUUAUUUUUCGCUGCAACUAUUGAAUAAUUACAUUAAUGGUGUUGAAACUUGAAAGACAAAAAAAAGGACGUGAAUUACAUUUUAGUUCAACUAGUUGGAGGAAAAAUGGCUUUUUCGUACCUGAAGAGUUUCUAAAAGUCCUAAACAUACCUAGACUUUCAAUUUCGUUCACCACAUACAUACACUCGAUUUUACUUUUUCACCAUACCCAACUUUUGCUAACCAAUGUAUUGUAAACCAACUUUGACCGAUUAUCCGUGAGUCAACCGUUAACUUCAACUGUAGCUAAUGGCAAAACGAUGUCGUUUAGAUUAAAAAAAAAAUUAAAUUGAAAGCGCAAUAGGUGUCGUUUUGCCUAAAAUAUCAUCUGAAGAACAUGUCUUCAUUUGAUUCAGAAGCUCGAGUUGUCAGUUGUUCAAAAAAAAAAACUCGAGUUGUCAAUAAAGGCCGCGGAAUACCCAUAUGCGGUGCGGCGACAGUUUUGUGGACUUAGAAACCAUCAAAAACCUAGGGAGAUUGUUUCACUGCCGCACAGAACAGAGCAUGUAAGCGGGCAACUGAGUUUGAUUUUUGAAUUAUGAUUUAAGUAUAGAGUUCGUAUGCUAGCAUGUCUGUUUAAUGUUUAUAAUGAAGGACAAAACUCAUUUAUUCAAAUGGACUGAUGAGUCACUUGUUGAGGAGAUUGAAGAGUUCCAUGAAGUGGUUGAUAAUCUGAAAAGGGAUGUUUCUGGGUGAGACCAUUCUGAAAAGCUAUGAGAAGGGAAUUAACGAGAUGAAAGAUGUUAUUAAAGCUUGUGAAAAAAGACAACCAAGUGCAUUAGAUAAUUGUGGAUCCUUAAAAUUGCGGUUGUGUGUGGUUUUGUAAUGGUUGUUAUGUAUCUUAUGCUAGCAUAAUCGAUUUGUAUUGGUUGUGUGGUUUGUCUUUUACUCGCUCUAAGAACUUUUCAUGGAGUUUAGCCAUGGUUGUAGUGUUUGUAAUCAAGUUUGCAAGACAAUAUAAGAGUUCAUAAGUAUUAUUUGAAACCUUACUGAUGUUGAAACAAAAACCAACAAAAUCAUCAAUACCUAUAGUUAUAAAAAUCGAGGCAUACCAAAAAGAAUAAACAUAUAUCCAACAAGUAAAACAGUCAUAAAAGCCAAAGCAUAACAACAAACACACAGCAAACGUCCAACACCAAACGUCAUAAAAGCUUAUCCAUAUCACUUCUUAAACUUGGACUCUCGGCAUGAUGUCCACAUGAAGAAGAAGAUGGAAGCUUAAAUGAUUUUAUAGGCAAAACGAUGUCGUAUUGGCACUUUCAUUUUAAUUUUUUUUUAAAAUCAGAUGACGUCGUUUUCCAUCUGAUCUAAUUAACGGUGGACUCACAGAUUCGCGGUCAAGUUGGUUUACAUCGGUUAAAUAAAGUUGGGGUAUGGUGAAACUGUAAUACCGAGUUUAUGUACGUGGUCAAUGAACAUGAGAGUCUAGAUAUGUUUAGAAAUUUCUCAGGUAUGAAAAAACCGUAUUCCCACUAGUUGAAAAUCAAAAAGUAAGACCCACGUUAAAGAUAUUGACCAAUAAAAUUGAAUUGGUAUAAUCCACACAAUGACACAAGUAGAAAGAGAGUGAAUGUCUGAUAUUUUUUUUUUGACAAAUAAAUAUAAGAUGAUAUAAUUGUUAAAUUCUAAUUGGUUGAUGGAAUUAUUUAGAUUUUUAUUCACUCUCACAGUUUCAAAUGAAUUAUGGGGGAAUUUUAAUUUCACGACAAUUUUGAUACCACAAAUUUACUCUUAAAUGAUAAUCAUUUUCGUAAAUACUUACAAUUUGUGAUAUAAAAGAUUAAAUUUACUCUCUUAAAUCAUUUAUAAAUGUUUAAGAAUGAUGUAUAAGACAUUUAUAGAAGCUUAUAAACCAACCUCAUUCCUAAAUACUAAACCCUAAACAAUAAUUACUAAAUCCUAAAUCCAAAAGUUAAAGUAUUGUUUGAUUAAGUAUAUUUUUGAGAAGUGGUAGCCUGAUUAGUGUAUUUUAAACAAUUUCUUCUGAAUUAUUUUGUAGUAAAAUAUUUUUUAAACUUUUCGUAUAUCAAAAUUUAUCAUUUUUGUAUUCUAUAAAAGAGAGAUUUGGUUUAUUUGAUUUGGAUGCAUAAAUAAGUUUACUAUAUUGAUAUUAUUCACAAAUUAACUUUUAUUUAUAUAAAUACACAAAAAAUAUCAAAACUAUUUUUCUUACUAAAAAACUGAAAAUCAGAAUUAUUUGUUUUUGUCAGCAAAUGUUUAUACAUAAGAGAUCACAUGUAUAAUUAAGGUUCGGUUCAGAUUUGAGUACUCUUUAUGUUAUCUAAAAAUAUUUUAAAAUCCAAAAUUACAACAAAAAAACUAAAAAAUCCAAAAAAAAAAAAAACUAGUAUACUACUUAUAAAUUUUAAAUUGAUGACCGACCAAAUAACAAAAAGAUAAAUUAAACUUAAGUGAGUUUUUACUGAAAUUUCAAAUAUUUUGAUCUAAUUUGAGUAGUUGACCAAAGAAAUUGAUCUAAUUUGAGUAGACAUUUACAGAAGGAUGUAUAAUCUAAUGUUCCAAAACAACCCAAGUAUGUAAAGAACUGUCGCUUGUAGACGAAGGAUCACAUGGUAAAAGCUUCAAACCAACGUCUGAGCAGUUCCUCUAGCCUGUGAUUCCCUGUAUCUGAGUGAUGAGAUGUGGUUACGCACUGAUUUGUCAAUGACUCGAGUUGUUACAUCGACCGAAAGCCAAGCACCAUCACGCCGGUUGUUCCUUUCUUUCCACAAGAUAAAAAAAAUUGUUGUCUGAAACACAAUCCGAAGAAGCACGCUGUGACUAGUCAAAAAAUAAAUUUCAUCAAAGCAUAUUAUUGUUCUUUUAAGUUUUUUUUACCAAUAUUACUAUGGUAGGCUACAGUAAAAAGGAAUAUAGGCUCUAUCUUUUUUCUUUGCGUAGACUGAUUUCAUUGUUAGUCUGUCAAUGUUAAGUGCAGCGCAAAGUCAAGUAUGUUUUUAUGCGUACAAAGCUAUCAAAAUUGGGACCGAUAGACAAUUCAAAGUGGAAUUUUUUUUUUUUUGACAAUUCUUAGGUGGAAAAGUUCUUUGUGACAAACAAUCAACGAAAAAGAUCUAUGGUGACGGUCCGUAAUUGGUACGCCAAAUAUAUUACAAAAUUUCGUUGUAAAUAUAAACAUGUUGAAAAAAUAAAAUAACAAAGUUUAUUUUAAAAUAUUUAUUUUGUAGUUUUUGUAAAAAUGUGACUUUGUGAUUUUAACAAUAAAUUUGACUUACGGACUGAUGAAAAAAUGAUUUUUCACUUUUUGGUGAGAAAAUGUUAUCUUGACAAAGUGUAAUUUUUUAUUUUUUUUUGACAAUUCUUAAGUGGAAAAGUUCUUUUUGACAAACAAUCAACGAUAAAGAUCUAUGGUGACGGUCCGUAAUUGGUACGCCAAAUAUAUUACAAAAUUUCGUUGUAAAUAUAAACAUGUUGAAAAAAUAAAAUAACAAAGUUUAUUUUAAAAUGUUUAUUUUGUAAUUUUUGUAAAAAUGUGACUUUGUGAUUUUAACAAUAAAUUUGACUUAUGGACUGAUGAAAAAAUUAUUUUUCACUUUUUGGUGAGAAAAUGUUAUCUUGCGGUUUUGAAAAUGUGAUUUUGCAUUUUUGACGAAAAAUGUGAUUUUGAAAUUUUGGAGAAAACGUAAUUUAUAAUUUUUAAGAAAAUAUGAUAUUUUGACUUUAGCAAAAAAUGUGAUUUUGCAGAUUUAACUAAUACGUAUUUGUCAAUUUGGUAGAAAAUAUAAAUUUUACGGGUUUGAUAAAAAAUAUGGUUUUGAAGUUUUGGUGAUAAAUGUGAUUUUCUAGAUUUAGUAAAAAUGUAGUUUUGUACAUGUUAGAGAAUUAACAUUUUUUUUGUGGUUUAUCGUAAAAUAUGUGCGUCCUUGGUAAAAAUAUGUGGUUUUAGAUAAAUUUUUAUUUUACAGAUUUGGAAAAAGAGAAUAUGAUUUUAUGGAUCUGGGAGAAAAACAAUGUAAUAUUGUAGCUUUUAGAUGAAAUUAUGAUUUUGGGGUUUUAGUGAAAAUAUGUUUUUUGGUUUUAGUUAAAAAUAAUCAUUUAGUAAAUUUAGUUAAAAAUAUGAUAUUGAAGUUUUGACGAAAAAUGUAAUUUUAUAAUUUUGAUGGAAGAUAUAGUUUACAAUUUUGGUUAAAACUUAAAAGUAUUUUAAAUUUUGGCAGAAAAUUGCAGAAUAGUUACAAAGUUCAUUGAACUUGUGUUUAUUGCUCAUUUACAACAAAAUCGUACAUUUAGAUAAAGGCUUUACGACAUUCUCUAAUUUUCACUGGAUUUUUUUCUUUACAAAUGGUUUAAUUUGAUUCAGUUAGCCAAUUUUGAAAAUUUUAGCCAGUUAAAAAAAAAAACUUAUUUGAUGAUCUAUUCUCAAAACUUAUCUCAUUGUCACCAUUAAUUAACAGUAAUUUUCAUAUCCAUCCUAACGUUUAUCUGGAUGAACCAACGAAUGGUGUUGAAUAAUAAACAAACGAAUGGCCCAUAAAUGUAUGACUAUUUGUUGAGAGAGAGAUACAGAACAUUCUUAUAUAGAGAGGCAUCCAUUAAGCUAUUGACAGCAAAAAGCUAUGAUAGGCUCAAACUAUUCAUCAUCAUUCAGCUUCUUUCUUCGUGCCAUUGUUCUUCUUCUCUUUUCCAUUUCAAACUUUGUCAGCACUUUUGCUUCUCUUACACCUGACCUGUGUCAUCCGGAUCAGAGAGAUAUUCUUCUCGAGCUCAAGACGGAGUUCAAGAUUCAGAAGCCUGAUGGUUACUCGAUCACUUCUUACCCGAAGACGGAAUCAUGGGGGAACAGCAGCACGGACUGUUGUAACUGGGAUGGUGUAACGUGCCAUACUGAGUCGGGGAAGGUGAUUGGUCUAGACCUUAGUUGCAGCUGUCUUCAUGGUCAGUUCCAACCCAAUUCUAGUCUUUUUAGACUGAAACAUCUCACAAGUCUGAACCUUGCAUACAACAACUUCACUCUUUCUCCGAUCCCAGAUAAGUUCUACAAUCUCAUGUUGUUAAAAACACUAAAUCUCUCUCGGUCUUCAUUGAAAGGUCAAAUCCCAAGAGAAAUUCUCCAGCUCACCAAUUUGGUGUCUCUCGAUCUAUCUUCUUAUGUUUCUAUUUAUUCCCCUUCUCCAAGUUUGUUGUUGUCCAUUAAAAACCCACCUUUUUUUCUCCGUCUACUUGCUCGAAACCUGAGGAACCUUACAGCCUUGGAUAUGAGCUACGUAAACAUAUCUUCAGAAAUCCCACACGAGUUUUCAUACAUGCUCUCUCUAAGAUCUCUACAUCUUGAGCGAUGCUCUCUGGUUGGAGAGUUUCCAAGCGGUGUUUUCAUGAUACCAAGCUUACAGUCCAUUAUAUUGGAUUACAAUCCAGUCCUGAGAGGCAGCCUUCCUGUUUUUCAUAGAAACAACUCUCUGCAAGUCUUACGCCUUUGGGAAACAUCGUUUUCAGGUAUCAUACCUGAUUCCAUCGGCAACCUUAAACAUUUAGUUGAUUUGACCCUCGCAUAUUCCAAUUUCUCUGGGAGGAUUCCAUCUUCACUUGGUGAACUUUCUAAUCUCUCAAGUCUCAGUCUUUCUUCAAAUCAUUUCACUGGUGAAGUCCCAUCUUCAAUUGGCAAUCUAAAACAGUUGAUCAGCUUUGACGUUUCCAGUAAUCAGCUCACCGGGAACUUUCCAUCUGCACUACUCAAUUUGACCAAACUAAGUGUUAUCUUUCUCGAUUCCAACCAGUUCACAGGUUCCCUCCCACCUAACAUUGGCCAACUCUCCAAACUGGAAAGCCUUUCUGUCUCUGGUAAUUCAUUUACAGGAGCAGUUCCUUCGUAUCUGUUACAAAUCUCUUCACUGACAGAACUCGAAUUGGACGACUACCAACUCAGUGAUCUCGUUGGAUUCGAGAAUGUCUCUCUGUUCUCUAAUUUACAAGAUCUUUCCUUUAUAUCUAACAAUUUCAGAGUCAGUAGUCCAGUUGACUUAAAUGUCUUCUCUUCUCUCAAACAGCUAGUAGUGCUAUAUCUUUCGGGCAUCCCUCUUUCAACAGCAAACAUCACUUCAGAUUCUGAUUUUUCAUCAAAGUUCCAGUCUUUGUCCUUUUCAGGCUGCAACAUCACUGAGUUUCCUGAGUUCAUAAGAGACCAGAGAAAUCUAAAGUAUCUAUACCUUUCCAACAACAACAUCAAAGGCCAAGUACCAGACUGGUUAUGGAGACUACAAGAGCUGCAAGAUCUGGAUCUUUCUCACAACUCCCUAAGCGGUUUUGAUGGAUCCUUGAAAGCUGUACCUGGAAGUCAUAUCCAGAUGUUAGAUCUAAGGUCAAAUGCUUUCCAGGGGAGACUCUUUAUCCCAUCCACAUCUAUAGCGUACUUGUUUGCUUCGAGCAAUAACUUCACUGGAGAGAUACCUCGUUCGUUAUGUGGUGGACAAUCCUCUCCUACCAUCAUAGAUCUAUCCAACAACAACUUCCACGGGUCAAUUCCUCGGUGUUUAGGGAGUCACAUGAGUUCUCUUGCGGAUUUAAAUCUACGAAACAAUAGCCUCAGUGGAAGUCUUCCCGACAUGUUCAUGCAUGCCUACGAGUUAGAGUCGAUUGACGUCAGCCACAACAGAUUGGAGGGAGAACUACCUGCAUCUCUAACCAGUUGUUCUGCUCUGGAAGUUCUAAAUGUGGAGAGCAACGAAAUCAAUGACACUUUCCCGUUCCAGUUAAGUUCCUUGCAGAAGCUACACGUUCUUGUCCUCCGAUCCAAUAAAUUUCAUGGAAAGUUAUAUCAAUCCGAUGGGGCUUGGUUCGGGUUUCCUCAGUUGAAAAUCAUUGAUGUAUCAAAUAAUGACUUCCUCGGUACCUUACCAUCUGACUACUUCCUGAAUUGGACUGCAAUAUCCUCGAAUGAAGAUAAGGAUAGACAACCGCACUACAUCGGGAAUUCUUCUCUUAACUACAGAUACUACAGUUCUGUUGUGUUGAUGAAUAAAGGAGUAUUAAUGGUGAUGGAACGUAUCCUCACUGUCUACACAGCCAUUGAUUUUUCAGGAAACAGAAUCCACGGACAAGUCCCUGAAUCAAUCGGUCUCUUGAAGGAACUCCACGUUCUCAAUCUGUCAAGCAACGCUUUCACAGGAUACAUCCCAUCAUCUUUGGCAAACAUUACAGCGCUGGAAUCACUGGACCUAUCCCAAAACAUGCUUUCUGGUGAGAUCCCUCCAAAGCUCGGCGAUCUCUCUUCUCUUGAGUGGAUAAAUGUUUCACAUAAUCAGCUCGUGGGCUCAAUACCACAAGGUACACAGUUCCAGCGGCAAAACUGCUCUUCCUACGAGGGCAACCCUGGACUCUUUGGUCCUUCCCUUAAGGAUAUUUGCAGGGAAAAAACAUCACCAGAAUCUGAACCACCAGUGUCAUCCGAAGAAGAAGAAGAGGAGGAAAGUUUCAGUUGGGUAGCAGCAGGGUUAGGCUUUGCACCUGGACUUGUAUUUGGAUUUACUAUCGGAUACAUCAAGAAGAAUCUUGGCAGAAACAAGAACUGAAGCGCGCUCCUUAGCCUCACUCCCCUAAGCAUUACUGUUCUGUUCAAUAAAGUUAUUGCAUUUUAGUAUUAUUUGUUGUAUUGCACGAAAAAUAGUGAUAUGUCAAACGUUAUGUAUAAUAUAUGAAGUGUCAAAACAAGAGUCAUGUCUAGGCCACUCUGUAACUUGAUCAGAGCUUGGAUCCUGUUUGAUGGUUAUCUCCGGUUUAUGAUUA